AUGCGGUCACUCUCCGGAUGGUAUUGGCUCCAGGCUCUUGCUGCGUCGACUGCUGUCGAUGCAGCAUCUUGUCCCUUUGCCGGGCAGCAGCAAGCAAACUCAGCUGUGCCGAGGAGUCACCACGGAUUGAGCCGUCGUGCCGACAAUUCUACAAGCACUCCCUUUGGUACAUGUCCGGUCAAAAGUGACGUUGCAGGCGGUGGAACAAGGACUUGGGACUGGUGGCCGUGCAAGCUCAAUCUCCAUGUUCUCCGCCAGGAUACUGCCGAGUCUAACCCCUAUGGCGGUGGCUUUGAUUAUGCAUCAGCGUUCAGCUCACUAGACUUUGAUGCAGUCAAGUCUGACCUGCGGGCGUUGUUAACAGAAUCGCAAGACUGGUGGCCCGCUGAUUUUGGUUCCUAUGGCGGAUUGUUCAUACGCAUGGCCUGGCAUAGCGCUGGGACCUAUCGUGCUUUCGAUGGUCGAGGCGGCGCAGGAAUGGGCCAACAACGCUAUGCGCCUCUCGAGUCGUGGCCUGACAAUGCAAACUUGGACAAGGCGCGACGCCUAGUGUGGCCCAUCAAACAAAAAUACGGCAGGAAGAUCUCGUGGGGUGACCUGAUCGUACUCGCCGGAAACGUAGCCCUGGAGUCCUUCGAGUUUCCGACAUUUGGGUACGCUGGAGGCCGCGUUGAUACUUGGCAAGCGGAUGAGGCCAUCUAUUGGGGCUCCGAAACAGCUUGGUUUCCCGAGGGGGAUGACCAACGGUACAAUGGCAGCACCGACAUCUACGCUCGAGCAGACGAGCUUGAGGUGCCGCUGGCCAACACGAACAUGGGGUUAAUCUACGUGGACCCUGUUGGACCUCAUGGUAUUCCAGAUCCCAAGGCAUCGGCCGUGGAUAUUCGCACCACGUUUGGCCGCAUGGGAAUGGAUGAUCAAGAGACAGUUGCCUUGAUCGCCGGCGGGCACGCAUUUGGCAAGACACACGGGGCCGCGAGUAGCACUGAUUACGUCGGUCCAGCACCGGAUGCUGCUGGUAUCGAAGACCAGCUGCUUGGUUGGGCCAACAGUUACAAAUCUGGUGUCGGCCCUGACGCUAUAACUUCUGGCCUAGAAGUUGUGUGGACCAAGACGCCAACAAAAUGGAGCAAUGACUACCUGCACAGUCUGCUGCAAAACACAUGGACUCUCCAGACGGGCCCUGGUGGUGCAUGGCAGUGGAUCGCGCUGAACGGCACGAAGGAUUACCCAAGCCCCUUCUCUAACACUACGUUCAACCUUCCAAGGAUGUUGACUUCCGAUCUCGCUUUAAGGGAAGAUCCGAUUUACUAUAACAUCUCUUUGAUGUACAUGAACAAUUUCACGCAACUCACGGAGGACUUCUCCAGAGCUUGGUUCAAACUGACUCACCGCGACAUGGGCCCGCGAUCUCGCUACUUGGGCCCCGAGGUUCCGGCUGAAAAACUUAUCUGGCAAGACCCUUUGCCCGAAUCGAACGGUACAACACUCAGCGAUUCCGAUAUCUCGUCUCUGAAACAGCAAAUCUUGGACUCCGGCUUGAGCCGGUCGGAGUUGAUUUCUGUGUCCUGGGCAUCAGCGUCCACAUUUCGCCACACAGACAAGCGCGGCGGUGCCAACGGUGCACGUAUCCGCUUGGAGCCUCAAGUAAGCUGGGCCGUCAAUACCGGCUCUGGCACAAACCUGUCCAAGGUUCUGAGCACACUUGAGGCGAUCCAGAGCUCUUACAGCACCAGUUCGAAACAGGUCUCUUUGGCAGACUUGAUUGUUCUGGGUGGGAGCGCAGCUGUCGAGCAGGCCGCUCACGACGCCGGCUUUGCCAAUGUCACGGUACCGUUCCUCCCGGGUCGAGUGGAUGCCACUCAGGACCAAACAGAUAUCGACGCAUUUGGAUAUUUGGAGCCACAGGUAGACGGGUUCCGCAACUACGGCCAGGGGACAGCUCGCGCUAGGACUGAAGCAGUCUUGGUGGACAGAGCGAACCUCAUCGGCUUGACGCCUCCAGAAUUGACAGUCCUCAUUGGGGGCUUGCGUGUCCUGAACACGAACUAUGACGGGUCGAGCCAUGGCGUCCUCACGGAUACCCCGGGACAUUUGACAACAGAUUUCUUCGUGAAUCUCCUCGAUAUCAGGACGAAAUGGUCUGGUAUCGAUGGAGACGAGGUCUUUCAAGGAACCGAUCGAUCAACUGGAGCGCAGAAAUGGACUGCCACUCGGAAUGAUCUUAUCUUCAGCUCUCAUGACGAGCUUCGUGCUCUGUCAGAAGUUUAUGCAAUGGCUGACUCGGGAGAGAUGUUUGUCCAACACUUUGUGGCUGCUUGGAGCAAAGUGAUGAACGCGGAUCGAUUUGAUGUAUAG